UCGUACGACUUUACAACGGUCUCAGUUUUUUAACAAUGUUUUCCAAAAAAAUGAUUGUUUUUGUGGUUCUACUAUCAAUUCUGAUGUUAGUAGCAAGCGCAGAAGAAGCAAUAUCAUCUGAAGUAGAAGAAGUAUCUGUAGAGGAGAAGAAACCCGCAAAAAGGGGAAUAUACGGAGGUUAUGGAAGAGGAUUAGGAUACGGAUUGGGAUACGGAGGAUACUACGGAGGAUACUAUGGAGGUUAUGGAGGUUUUGGGGGAUAUCCUUACUAUGGUGGUUACGGGUAUUACGGCUAUCCGAGAUACUAUGGAUUUGGUGGAUACUACCCUUAUUAUGGUGGAUUCGGUGGAUACUAUUACUAAGUGGAGAGAAGAGAGGAUUUAUGUAUAGUAUAAUCUUAGAGACCUUAAAAUAUUUGUGAUAUAUUUACCAUUUUUUUUAUUUGAUAAGGCUGCACUGCAUAAUAAUUAUAAAUUAAAAGGGAUAAACGACAGAGCUAUGAAAAAAAUCGAAGUUAACAAAAUUAUAAUUUAUUACUAAAGUGGGGAUUAUAAGCAUGACAGAAAGGUUAAAAUAAGCACUUAUAUAAGCAAAAAAUGUCGCAAAAAUAAGCAAAGUUUUUAUGAAAUAAGCAAGCUUCAAGAAAAAAAAACGUGCAAGUAAACAUGGAUAUAAUGACAACGUAGAUUGAAGUAAACACUUCUGUUGUAUGUAGGUAUAAUAAUUUAAUAAAAUUCUUAAAAUUUAUCCACAAGGGAGUGGAAGUACAAAACGUUUUCGGUCAAACUGACCAUCAUCAGUGUAAACGUCCAGUGUACUGAAGUAAUUGAAACUAGCCACUUCAAAAGGUGUAAAAACCUAUAAAUAACAUUAUUGGUACAUUAUAAGCUUUAUAAUAAUCGACAUUAAGUCGAUGUCUUAAGAUUAUAUAAAUAUCACAUGUGGAUGUAUGUCAUUCUUGCUCGGAAAUUGCACAAGGUUAUUGUGAUCAGGUGAGAGGUUAACAACCAACUUAAUAUGGAUAUAAUGAUAUAAAUAUGAAUAAAGGACAUUAACAUUAAAUUACAUUUAUUUUUAAUUAUCGUAUUAUUAACAAUAAAUAAAAAUUACCAAAGUGUUAAGCUGUAAUAUAAUAAAACAAAAUCGAAAAAUAAUUAACAUAUUAAUAAACUUUUAAUUCAUGUCCAUUAGCAUAGAAACUAUUAACAAUAAUAUUUUUCAAAAUUUUCUUGUAAAAAGCUAUGUCUUCUAUCUGUAUACAUAUAUUUAUACGUAGAAAAAGUUCUUUCAACAUCUGCAGAUGUGAUUGGUGCGUACUUAAAUUUAGACAAAUAUACCGGUAUUAUUUUACAACAAUAUAAUAAAUUUGGGCUGUCUGCAGACAAAUAUUAGUUUAUUACGUGACAGGUAUACCUAUGGGUCUUCCCGUUUAUCUCCUAAGCCUAAGGGAUUAACAUUUUUAUGGUUUAUUGAAUUAUUAGAGUUUCAUAGCUCUGUAUAUUUUAUAGAAUUUUGCUUAAGGCAGGAAAUAACAUGAAAUUUCACUAAAGUUUAUCAUAAGAAGUAAAAUAAACAAAGAUAAGCAACAUACAUUUAAAAUUAGCAUUUUUACUAAAAAUCCUAAAUAUAAGCAAAAAAAGCAAAAGUCUUAUAAUCCGGACAUUAUAUUACAUUGUAGGAAUAAUUUAAUAAAAUAAAAAUUAUUAAGUGUUUAAUCUUAACAUAUUGCAUGGAGUAUUUGAUCAUCAUCAACAUCAUUGGCGUUACAACUCCUCGUAAGUCUUUGCGGCGUUUACUAUUGCCUUCCAUGUUCGUCGGUCCUGUGCCACUAUUUCCCAUUGUCUCACUCCAAUUUUCUCCAGAUCCUCCCUAACUGCAUCUUUCCACCUUCCUCUAACGAUCCUACAUUCUUCCACGUGGCCUUUCCCAAAACACAUUGUCUAAAGGGCGAUUGUUGUUACUGCGUAUCAUAGUCUAUUAUACUUUAUAAUCGGUGGCGCCCAAAAUCCUGACAGCCAAAAUCCCGACGGCCAAAAUCCCGACAGCCAGAAUCACUACGGCCAAAACACCGACACGCCAGAAUCCCGACACGCCAGAAUCCCGACAGGCCAAAAUACCGACAUGCAACAAUCCUCGGAUAAGUAAAAAUUCCGACCACUACAUUUUGAAUAUUUAUUGUUUCCUUUUCAAAUGCAAUACCAAAUCAUAUUAUAGAGUAUAGAGUAUUAAAAUUGAAAAAUUAUUACAUACUAGUAUUAAUAGUAAUUAUUUUAUGUAUUUUAUGUAUUUUGAAACAAUUAUUUAAACACUUCAUUUUAUAAUAUAAAACUAUACUUACUGAAAUUGAAGGUUGUAAGUGAUACGAUAAUAUCUAUUACAUGAAAGUAAACUGGAAUUCAGGAUUUGAUUAUACAUAUAUUUAUAUUAUUGGACCAUAUAUUGUCAAAAAAAUAAUUUAAUUCAUAUAGCCAUGUUAGCAAUUUUAUUUAGAGAAUUAGUUCAUAUUAAAUGGUAAAUACUUUUGUUUAGUAACAAAAAAUAAAAAACAGAUGGCCAUAAACAAACACAAGAAAUAAUUGUAAUUACAUGUUAAACAGAAAUUUACCAAACCUGUCGGGAUUCUGGCCUGUCGGGAUUUUAGCCUGUCGGGAUUGUGGCUGUCGGGGGAUUUUGGGGUAGACCCCUUUAUCCUAUAAAUUUAUAUUAUAUCUCAUUUCAUAUAUCUACAUACUUAUAUCAGUCGAAGGAUUUUACGUUCACACACCAUCAAUUUUCCUCUCUUUUUGGUAGCGUCUAUGUUUCGCUUUCAUACGGGACUGCUGGCCGUAUUAUGAUCUUAUAUAUCUGUAUUGUUGCAUUUCGAGAGAGAAGUUUUGACUUCAUUGUUACAUUGCCAAGAAAUAUGUGUUUUCCGAUUUUAUUCGUGCUUCAACUUAUAUUUUUUUAAAUUUAUAAUAUUUAUAAAAUCUGGCGGGUUGAGCAUAGAACAAAUUAAAAAGUGGAAGGGAUUGCUCAUUUCUAUUGCUGUGGGCUAAAAGUUCACAUAGUAGUGAAUAAUAUCUACUAACGUAAUUUUCAGAUCCCAACUGAAUUUUUGAUACGGCAACCACGCAUUUGUGAUAGUCGCGAUUAAGGUCACCCGCCAGCUCUCGCUUGUCGGAUUGUAACAUAAUUUUAAUUUUUUCUGUUGUUAAUCUUAUUGGCAAGCCUACUGUUGCAAUUCUUGUUGCCAUUUCUGUUGCCUUGAUUUUAGUUUCCAUGUUCUUGAAAUUCUACUCUAUUCUCUGCUAAAAUUUCUUUGAAAUACUCUUCCCAAUCUUCAGCAUUUAUGCUCUGUAUUAUGGCGUUAUUCUUUUCUUUUCUCAAAUAUUUAUAUUAUAUUUCCAACUUUUUGUGCUUCUGGUUCCUCCUAAGAAAGUAUUCAUUCGUUGGCAGUUUCCUUUUCAAGACUAAUUUUAUUCUUCUUAUCUUUUUUGUACGUCUGCUUAUUUUUCUUUAUAUUUUAUUUUAUCUUGAAUUACUUUGUUUUUAAAAUAAGUUCUUUAAAUUGCAUCGUCCUCUUCACGUUUAAUUUUUAUUUAUAUCUUUAUGUUUUUCUAAUUAUAUUUUCGUUGUCUUUAUGACUUUUGAUCCAUCUCCUAAGAGAAGUUAUUAUAUCAUCCUAUCUUCUUUUACUUCAACUAUAUCUUCUUGAAAUAGUGACAUUAAAUUGCAUGAUUCCACAUUUCUUAACUGGUUUAGCUCUGACAGGUUCCUUGUUCCCUAACCUAACGUCUUCUUGUUUUUAUUUUUUUACGUAUCAUUUUUCUUCUUAUUUCGCGGCUUUUACGUUAUUAGGGGUCUCUAUCUCCUACACUUCUUUGCCACUCAUUUCUGUCUAUUGUGUCUUCUUCAUUUAAACUUUCUUUUUCAAGUUCUCUGCCACACAGUCCUUCUAUAUUCUGGAUUUUUCUCUACCUCUCUUUCCUUUACCUUCUAAUAGCUCCAUCCUUUGUCCCAUAUAGUUCUUAUUUCUGUGUCUGACGCGACAAAACAUGACAGUCUUUGUUUUUGAAUCUUUUUUGAAACUGUGGUACCCCGGCUCUUUUCCUGACUACAUCGUUCCUGACCUUGUCCCUUUUAGUUUUACCCAAAAUUCACAAUAAUAUUUUUAUUUCAGCUAUCUCUAUCUUUUUGUCCUGAAUCCGAUUUAUAGGCCACACUUUUUCGUUCUUUAGAAGCCAAGGUAUUUAAAUUCUCCUAUUUGUCCUAAUUUUUCAACAAGCAAUUUGAUGUCUCCAACCAAUCCCUGUUCCUUUCUUCCAUAUUUAACCCGCUAAACUCCCUUUUCAUUUGCCUUUUCCCAAUCCUUUAACUUCUACUCCAACUAAGAGUAGAAGAGCAUUCACUAAAGAGUCCUUUCUUUUAGCUUCUUCUGCCAGUACAUCAACAACAAGAGUAAACAGAUAGGAACUUGAUGCAAACUAACGGUUGAUACAAAUCUUUUGGUCAAUCCGACACAAUUCCUUACAGUGGUAUACGUCCCCCCUAUAGAAAUCUUUCCCAAGACAUAUGUCCUCAUCAUGAACUCAUUUCUCUCUCAUACAUCUCCAUAGCUCUUGUCUAGGGAUUGUGUCUUACGCCUUCAUAAGAUCUAUCAAUAUCAAGUGUAGCUCUCUUUUCUUCUCGCCGUAUUUCUUUAUAAACUGUCUCAAAGCAAAUAAAAGAAAAGCAAACAAGGCAUCCGUUGUUAGCUUUGCAAACUAUUUUUCUCCCAUUGAUGUAUAUUUCCUUAGCAUUCGAUAUAAAGUUCCCUCCCAAAUUUUCAUUGUGUGUGAGAUUAACUUUAUCACGCUCCCUCAAUGAAUUGGGCAUCCAUUGUUCCUCAUAUUGCCUACUUAUUAUGUGCCCAUGAUAUCAACUCAUCAACCCCUUCCUCUUCUAGAACCUUCCAAACCUACACAAGUACUCAACCUACUCUCCUACUGUUUUUCAUCCUAUUUAUAGCUUCGACAACCUUAUCUCUUGUUAUCUUUGGUAUUACAUUCUCAUUUGGGCUCCCACAUCCUCUGUGUCUGCUCUGGUGUUCUUCAUUAGCAACUUUUGUUUUAUGCUGGUUAAUAUGUUUGAAAUCACCUUCAAGAGAGUUUUAGUUCUAGCUUACCUAUUUAUCUAUCUAUCUAAUUAGCCCUAAACAUCCAUCAUUGGGUAUAGGCCUCCUCUUCCUUCUUCCAUGCCUCUCUAUCUUGGGCAAUUUGCAUCCAUUUUGCCCAGUGUGCUUCUUUAGGUCAUCUGACCAUCGCAUUUGUGGCCUUCCUCUUUUUCUUUUAUGGUUCCACGGUCUCCAAUGUAUAAUCGUCUUAGUCCAUCUUUCAUCCUUCUGCCGUAGGGUGUGUCCGGCGAACUUCCAUUUAAGCUUUGUUACUUGAGUUGAGACAUCUUUCACUUUUGUUUUGUUACGGAUGUAUUCGUUUCUUUUCCUGUCUGAUAGUUUAAUGUUCAGCAUUUGUCUUUCCAUGGAUCUUUCUGUAUUUGCUAUUUUUUUCCAUAUUUUCUUUUGUAAACGUCCAGGUCUGAGAGCCAUAUAUUAGAACAGGGAGUAUAAAUUGAUUGAAGACUCUUGUUUUUAGAUAUUGCGGGUAUUUUCUGUUCUUUAGAAUAUAAGACAGUUUUCCGAAUGAUGCCCAGGCCAAUCUUAUUCUUCUCUUUAUUUCUUUGGUCUGAUUUUCUUUAUUUAAUCUAGUGAUUUGUCCUAGAUAUAUAUACUCUUUUACCUGUUCUAUUCUUGUUUGUGCCACUGUAAUUAUUAGUUCUUCUUGUUGAUUGGUCAUGGUUUUUGUCGAUUCUCUAUCUAGUUCUUCCAUCAUCCUUUGUAGUUCUUCACUUCUUUCUGUUAUUAAUACAAUAUCAUCAGCAUAUCGUAAGUGAUUCAGAUAUUGCCCGUUUAUGCUUAUACCCAAGCCAUCCCAGUGUAGUUGUUUGAACACAUCUUCUAGCGCUUGGUUGAAUAGCUUGGGCGAGAUAGUAUCUCCUUGUCUUACUCCUCUGUUUAUUUUAAUAGGCUCUGUUUGUUCCAUUAGCUUAAUAGUUGUUCUAGCUUAAAACUAUUAUUUCUUAUUUUAUAGUAAUAAAUGACAAGGAAACCAAUUUUUUCAUCUAUUAUGCAAUUACGUGUAUUGAAGAACCUGACGUAAAAUUAAUUAAGGUAGCACGCCUUAGAUGGAUAGGGCAUGUAAUCAGGCGAUAGGAAGAUGCCAUAUUCAGAAAAGCUUUUGACCGAAGAGGGCCGAUAGGACAAUGAGCAAGAUGAAGACCGAGACUUAAGUACCAAGAUAACUUAGGGUAAGAACAGAACAAGUGGGUCGAGGUGGAGGUGUAGGUCGCGGUGGAUGGUACUAGUUAAGUCGCGCUCGAUGUCGACAGCACAUAGCAAGGAGGUCACCUGCGCUAUCAGUCGAGCUAGAACCACUUUCAAAUCAAGUGAAGUAGUUUAAGGAAAUUUUAAUGACAAAAAGACUGUGCUCUUGCAAUGUUGUGUCAGUCAAGUGAUGAUAGUGAUGAAAUGUCAGCUGUAAAUAAUCAGAUCCUCCUUUAUAUUUCAAAAAUUUACUGAAUUUAAUUACUUUAGAAAUUCAAAAAUAAACUGAAUACAAAAAAGGAUUAUAUAAAAAGUAUCAACUCAGAUAGCGCAGGUAAUGACAACUUGGCUUCGAACGGACCAAUCACAGGGAAGCAUCCUUGUAGGCCGCGCAGUAGAUAUCCAUGUAAAACAAAGUCAUUUUAUUUUUAAAACCAUCCAUGUAAACCUCCUAGAUGGCAUCGCGCUAAACCUCCACCGCGACUUACCUGCUCUGUUCUCUUCCAUUCACUACAAUGUGUUUGUUUUACAUGGAUAUAGAUAUCGACCGCGACCUCCACCUCCACCUCCACCGCGAUCCACUUGUUCUGUUCGUACCCUUAGAGAACGAUUUAAAAUCUAUUGGAAUUAGAGCAUGGAGAAGAGUUGCCACAGACAGGGGCGAAUGGAGGAUUGUUCUGAAGAAAGCUUUGGCUCAUAAAGAGCUGUAAUGCCUCUGAUGAUGUUGAUGAUGCAAUUACGUGCAUUUAAAACAAAAAAGUGCAUUUUUAAACUUUUUGUCUUUUAUUUUUGGAUGUGAUUGAUGCAAUAUAAAUUGUAUAAAAAUUAAAUUAAUUCAGAGCAUACUUUUUUAAUACUUUUUUUAUAAUUGAUUUGUCUCGGGCAACAAUAAAUUUAUAUUCUCGAUUGUAAGAGUCUUUAUUAUAUUAUUUUUAUCACCCAUUAUAAUCAU